AAAAGGGUAUUCACGAAGUGGAAGUCCACGAUUCGCUGGAAGGACGUCGUGGAAAUAACACUUGUUGAACCUUGGGAGGGAGUUCCUGGCUCGCCGCUAGACCGUUUCGUAUCGUGAUUAGAGGCACGAGAACGUUUGUUUUACAAUUAGAGCAACGUUCCAUUGCUAGUGCAUACCUGUUCAACCUGCUGCAUCAGAUACAUUCCCGUCUGUUCGUUCCGGGUUGGCCGUUUGCACAUUCCGACGGUGUAAAAUCCGAAACCUCUCUUACAUUCCUUUGGUUUUCUUUUUGUGCAGACCACGUGAGUGCAUUGCUGAAGCAUUGUUUCGUACCAAGGAAGUUACUGUUUCCGUACGUUCUGUUGUGUGAAACUCAGUUUUGAAAGACUUAUGGUGUUUGAAAAGUGAACAGAAAACUUGUGAAAUUCCGGAAGUUUAACAUCCAGUGUGUCUCAACGCAGCCGUAGUCGAACGUUUUUGGUGAAUCUCAGUGACACUGCAAACCAAAAUGAAGGCAACCCUAUGGCUCUGGACGGCGGUGAUGGCGUUGCUGUGCGUAAGCCUGCAGGUGUCCGCCCUACCGUACAGUGACAGCCGCGUUGUACAGGAAAACAGUCUACUUUCGCUGAAAAGGACGAAACCGUCGCUGUCGAUCGUUAACCCGCUGGAUGUGCUACGGCAGCGAAUCAUCCUCGAGAUGGCUCGAAGACAGAUGCGCGAAAACACUAGACAGGUCGAGCUGAAUAAGGCACUGCUGAGGGAAAUCGGUAAGCGAAGUAGCAACCUGUACGAUGGUUCCGAAUACCCACCGGACUACACCUACUACGACCGCAAGCUGUACAAUCAGCACGUCCAACCAAUGCCCGACCGCGGCAGUCCCGCCGAGGAUGAGCUGGAAGCGGUCGUCGAGAGCCUGCUGCGCAACCAAGGACUGACCGCAAGGGACGGCAAUUACCCCGGCAAGCUUCAGCGAACACGCUUCAUCAAUGGUCGACCAAUGCCCGCCGCCGCCGCUAGCCUUCGUGGAAUGGCGAGCAACCCGAUGGCUCAGCACGACCAGCCCCAGCAGCUAAGCAGUCUUUUCAGCAACGAGGAAGAACGGGAAGAUCUCAAGACAAAGGAUCAAGCUCUCAGGCAAUCGCUCUCGGUGGGCCAGGAUCUGGACCAGACGAACGGUGGCAACGGUGAAGAGGACGAGGAUCAGGACGGGCACCAAGCAGGACGGGUCAGUGGUACCGGUACCGGUGUAUUGAAGCCCAUGCAGGACACAGACAACCUGCUGGAGCAGCCCAACCAACCAUCCGUGUCAUCGCUGUCGUCGUCGAGUGAUCGAAACAGUGGCACCGAGUUUGGACCACGGUACGUCUACGGUAUGUACAAGAACCGAUACGCCAACUAAAUCUUCGAUGCACACGCGCACACAGUAUCGACAACCCACACGACUACAUGACGCCACUCUACAGGAACGGUUCUGGAAACAAGCACCUAUCUGCGUAACGUAACGUUUGACCCAACAGGUACACUGUAUAUCCUAAUUGCCAAAACAGAGGAAUAAGAGGAAGAAGAUGAAAAAGGAGAAGUGCAAAAAAACACUAACAAAAAAAGAAAUACAAAUUCAAAAGAAAGGAUAGGCUCAACACAGCGACAAGUUCGUAGGUCGCUCGCUUUUAUUCAAUGGACUAAUAAAGACACAAAAGAAUAUUACUACAAACCAACCAGAACAACAACAAAAACAAACAUACACAGCUACAUUGAAACCCUUUUACACUAGCGAGAAAAAAAAAGAUCAAAAUCCCCUCUAUUUACACACAUUUAGAUACUCUUAAUAGGGAGCUGGUAUUUCACAGACGGUCCUACCGCAUGGAAAGAAAAUCGCACGAGUUAAAUCAAUAAUCCUUGGCUUAAUUUGGAGAGGAAAUCUGUCCUCAGAAACACAGUUAUCAUACGUACUAAAGCGCUUGAACACACUUCAAAACGCUACCAAGCAUCCUUCCCUCAUUGAUAGAUAGUCACCGAGCGUACGUAUCAAGGACUUAUGACGUUGGCGAAACCUUAUCGCUGGUAUGGAUCGUUUUAACGGACCUCGGGAACUCUUCAAGUUCAAGAAGCGGGAAAACAUAAGUUCAAUUUCACUGACAUUUUGUUUAGUUUUGGCUUCCACUACUCAUCCAAAUGAUUUGCGCCUAAUAGCUCACCGUUGUGGCGUUGCUUGAUGUUUGUUUGCUUCAAGACAACAAAUGUCACCAAAUGUUCACCUAUCAGUCAAGGUUGCCCCUUUGAUCGUUUCUUCAAAAGGCAGCAAUAGAGCAGUUAGAGCUGUCUAGCCGAUUGUCUGUAUGACCCGUAAUGUGUCUAGAAAUAUUGAAGCGUUAAAUUACGCGACCCAAUAUCAUACUGCUUCUCGAAAAAGUGCUCCAGGUACUUGCUUGCAUGCAUGAGCUGAUACAACGAAAACCCGCACCAAGGCCGGGAUGCACUCUACUCGAUGCGUGACACGGCACCAUUUGGCAGCCGGGUGAUAAGCGUUAUAGGUCUAUUUUUGUUUGGGUAAUAUUAUUUCGUUUAUUAAACCAUCCCACCGACAAAACGGCACCUUUUCCACAUCCGUUAAGUACACGGCAAGGCAAAUGUGUGAACCCCGCGUGUGGAUGGUGCGGAAUUUCCUCUCUUGCCAAAGAGCCUUAUCGCUUUUGUUAUGGCAGUUUUCCUCGCAUGCUGCUCUCGAGUGUAAGCAAGCAUAAUGCACUACACCAUGAAUAAAUCCUACCACCGCCGUUGACGCUUUCCACCGUAUUGCCGGAGGUCGCCUAAUUGUUCAUAAUUCUUCACAUCGCGAAAGUAAGUACUUUUUACGCUGCUGUCUGCUUUCAUGCUGGAGCCGGGUUGUUUGAAUACAGUUUUCGUUUCACUGUCUCCCUCUCGGUGAAAUUUUCCCACCGUUUUGGUAUGAUCUUUUCGGAUGUUUCUUCCGCAUUCCAUCCACACAAGCGGAGGUGACACUCGAAAGAAGGCAAAAAAAACUGCCCCAAAAGUGCAGCAGGUGGAAAAUUGUUACGGAACCCAAAAAAAAACCCCUCAGCCUUUCUCAGACAAAUGAAAAAGGCGAAACGGUUGGCUGUAACGUCACCAGCGUUACACUGGGGGUUGGAAUAGGCCAAACAUGACUGUUGCUGCUGCUGCUGGGAAGCGAUCAUUUCACUUCGUACCAACAGGGGAACAAAAACGAAGUAGCGUAGGACUGAAGCGUGAUGGUUGGCUUGGCAACCUUGAAGCAAAGCAGAGAGCCGCUGGGAAUGCCCACUAUGAGCGUGAAGUAUGCGUGCUUUGCCAUCAUUUGACAGACUUUAUUGAUGCUGGGCGCUUUGCACCAUUCUUCAUAUUGUUUUUUGGUUGUUUCUUUUUUUCUUCUUCAUUUUGUUUCUAUCAUUUCUUGAGAGCGCCGGAGAACCGCUAAGGAUUAGCUGAGUGGUAUUUCGAGAGCAUUCGCGCGCACAUUAAAUCUUGUGGCUGGCAAGACUUUGUGCGGUGUGGAAGCUUCUCAUUGCUAAUGCAAGCGCUCAAAGGUUCAAGCACCGGUCAGUGAAAGCACCCGUCAUCGCAAACGUCAUAAGGCCUUUUUCGUUGCAAUGUCCUGAUAAUCAGUGUGAUGUCCUUUAAUAGUCUGUAUGCUAACCAAACUAGAACAUCUCCAUUGGCUUGAUGGAAGAUUUUUAUUUCCAACUGCAGUAAAUGAUUUUCAUACAAACAACAUUCUCUUCUGCACCGAAACAUGUAAGUAUGUGUCUUUAGGAUAAAGUUGCAAUAAUUUUUAAAGAAAAACUCAAACCACCAAAUAAGAGUUUAGUAGAAACAAACUGAAAACAAAACAUAGUUCUUCAUCCUCAAAUUUAGAGCGCUUGAUUUUGUAAAGUGUAAACAAACCGCUGACCGCCAAAAAAGCAAACAACGCAUGUAUAAAUAAUUUAUUGAAUAAACAGUAAAAACCAAAACAAAACAAAAAAGACCCCAUUCAUAAACUAUCUCGCGUAAGGGUCAUGGAUUUAGCAAUGGCAGGAAAGCUUAUCUCCAGUAAGCGUCAAAAAGCCCAGAAAUGUUUUUUUUUUUCUCGUGCUCCUGGUCAAGUGGACCAAAGCCGAGGACUACACCGUUUACUGAGGUUCCGCGUAGCGAAACUAGCAAGCCUAAUAAGAAGCAGGGAAAUGGAAUAAACAAUAGAAAGUAAAAUAGUGUUGAUGGAAUGGUAAAGAGCAUUCACACGUAGAAAACAAACUGAAACCCAAAACUAAAUAAUAAAAACGGAUACGGAUAAGAAGAGAGCAAACGGAAUGCAAAACAUUACUCGUAAGUACGUUAAAUCAACGGAGGAGAAGGGAAAGCUUUUCACGGAUUACACCAUGCAGGCUGCUGGUGAACGGGGAACGGUGAAGAGGAGUAAAGAUUGUUAAAUCAAAUGCUAUACGAAUAAUCAUUUCCGAGACGAAGGGGUCGAUGGAUCUAUACGCAGGAAUAAUGGACCGUUUCUUAGUCCGUUAUUACGCGGUAAAACGAUGAGCUAAGCCCGCUAGAUCAUAAACAUAAUGUUACAACAUGGAGCAAUGCGAAAGGCAAAGCUGGACAACUAACACGAACACUAAGAGGCUUACUCUUUUUUUUUAAAUCUACCUAUCUGCACUGGCAUCAAGAAGGGAUAAGCCAACGAAACGAAUGGAAAGAUUACAAAGAAUGUGCGCGAUGCGUGUGAGUGGAGCAAAUGAAUGAAGAGCAAACGACAUUAAGAGAAUAUCCGGACAUUUAACUGGCAAAAUUUACUGAAAAAAAACAAUACAAAUUACGCUACACAAAACAAAACAGCUGAUAGAGUGAACCUUUCCUCGAACGCUACUGGCCCUAACACAUUCGUGUUGCCAAACCUAUUGCGCUAUUGUACAUAUAUUCUUGACGUCUUUAAAAAAACAAAACCAUUGAUUCGCAUCUAAAAAUAGCAUACCAAGGCGAGCUAAUCCUAGCAAACUCAAACCAAUGAUUGACGGGGAGGUGAAAAGCGAACAAAGGAAAGAAGAAACUAACCUAUCAAAGCAAAGUUUCCAAAUCUCUAAACCAAUCUAAACCAAAAACAAAUGGUAUAAAAUAAAGAAUUUAAUUUCUACAAGCAGCA